AUGAGGGCCAAGUACCUCAGCAUCAUCAACGCCAUUGACAAGGACCAGCACCGCCGGAAGCGUAAGUUCAUCGGCCCAGCUCUCACGGAGCGCUCGAUGCGUACCUUCGGACCAAUCAUGGCGGCCCAAAUAGGACUCUUCCUGAAGCAGCAGCUCUACUCGGCUUCUCACACUGGCACGCCCGUCGACAUGACGGAGCGGUGUCAGCGUAUUGGUGUGGACGUGGUCGGUUUGCUCGCUUUCGACGCCAUGAGCUGGCGCAUCAGUACCUACAUGCAGUUUUAA